AUGAGCUUGAGCGCGCAUGCCGAGGACACGAACCCGGGGCCUGCGGGACAGACUGACGUGAGAUUGCAACGCAGAAGUCACACCGCGGGGAUGGCGUUGGCGCGGGCCUGGAAGCAGAUGUCCUGGUUCUACUACCAAUACCUGCUGGUGACGGCGCUCUACAUGCUGGAGCCCUGGGAGCGGACUGUGUUCAAUUCCAUGCUGGUCUCCGUCGUGGGGAUGGCACUGUACACGGGAUACGUCUUCAUGCCUCAGCACAUUAUGGCCAUAUUGCACUACUUUGAAAUUGUACAAUGACCAAGAGGAGACCGGAAACGAGAGGUUCCCUAGGGAAGAACCAUCCUCUGAAGUUGGAAUGAGACUUCAUCAGAUGUCAGAAGAAACUCGACUAGAUGUCAGUGUGACCAACCUUAUGAAUAUAAAGACUAAAAUUCAUGAGUAUAACAGGAAAAUAAUCCUGACUCAUGUGUUGUGUUCUUUAUUUUUAAUUUUAAAAGAGGCUCUUGUAUAGUAGUUUUUGUCUAUUUUAACAUUGUAGUUAUUUGUAAUUUGAUAUCAGUAUUUUCUUAACCUUUGUGACUUUAAAUAUUACCCUGUGAAAGCUUUUCUUAAUGUCACUUUGGGUACAUUUUAAAUUGCCUUCUAUUUCUAAAACCCAGAGUCAUUAGUUGGGCUUUAUUGUUCUUGCUAUUGUAUGGCAUAUACAUCUGCCUGGAUAUAUUUCUACUCUUGACCAAAGUUUUGUAAGAACUCGGGCAGGGGGUGGGGAGGGAGGGUAUUUUAUUGAGAACUAUUUACAAAAGACUUAUCUGUAAGUUUGAACUCAGGAGUACAGUUUUAGCUCUCUAAACUCUAUAAUAGCUUCUGCUUUAAAACUACUAAAGUGUUUCUUAACAAUGAAAAAAUAAGAUCUUGCUAAAGUAAAAAAUAAGGAACAUUUCAUCUUUUAAAUAUUAAUUCUUAUGUGGACUCAUUUCCAGAAAACUUGGGGGUUAUUAUUGUGACAACAGGCGGUUAAGUAGCAUUAUUGUGUAAUGCUUACAUACCAUGAAGUUUUUAAUAGA